AUGUCGUCAACUUCGGUAUCAUGCAUCACGAAACCGGGGAAGGAGCAAGCCAAAUCAGCAUCUCGGCAAGGAAAGAAGGUGCUCGCAUGCGUGAGUUGCCAGCGGCGCAAGAAAAGAUGCGAUAGAAACAACCCUUGUUCGAACUGUGUUCUGACAAAACAGCUUGGAAUCAAUUGCACGGCAAGCCAGCCAGCACCACAUCGAAAACGACGGAGGAAAAACCAAGAGAUGGUUGAAAGGCUCGAGAGGUGUGAGGAGUUGCUGAGACAAUUGACAGAAGGGAGCAAAAAUGGCUUGUCUCUUGCUGGAGAUCACUGUAACGAGCAAAUUUCAUCCCUUGAUUCAGCCAUGAUGGAAUUGCGAGAAACGCUGGACCCGCGAGAGGCAGAUACCAACAACUCGUCCAAGGAAGAAGUCGACAAGAAAUCGCCGGAGCAGGCUACGAUCCCCUCCAUAGAUGACCUACAACUACGCCCUGAGCCCUGA